AUGCCUAAAAGAGAUCUUUUGAGAACAAUACCAGAGUCUCCCACGGCUCAUAAACCCAAAAUCACAGCAAAGAAACGACGGCAGCUGUUCCCAACUGAGGUUACAGAUGUUGAUGAUAUGCAGCAGAGAGUAACGGUGAAGCUAGUUCCACGGAUUGAUUUACAGGAAAUGGCUGAUAAAAUUGGUGUGGAAUUUGUGAAGAAAGCAUUUGUUCCCCCUCCUAGGUUAAUUAACAUAAUUGAAGUCAGAGAAAAGAACAUACAUGUUGAGCGAAAGCGUGAUCCUUUCACUGGAGAGUAUUUCGAAAAAAUUGCUGGAAUGAUGUUCAAAGAUGGUUUUCUGUAUAAAUCAGUCUUCAUGAAAUCAAUUAGUUAUCAUAAUAUACAGCCAAACUUUGAUGAGCUUGAAAGAUUUCUAAGUCCAGGGGAGAAUGGAGAUGGAGAUUUUUCCAAUUCUUUAUUAUCUGGAGAUACAAAAACGGAGCACUUCUCGAAGGGUGAUAAAGUUCUUGUAGUAAGGGGUGAUCUCAAAAAUAUGAGGGGAAUCGUUGAGAAGGUAGAGGACGAGUAUGCAUGCAUUAGACCAGAUAUCAAGGAUUUGCCGGAAACUUUUACGUUCAAUGUUAAAGAUAUUAGCAAGUACUUUGAGACUGGGGAUCAUGUGAAGGUUGUCUCUGGUACUCAAGAAGGUGCAACUGGUAUGGUUACUAAAGUUGAGGAGGGUCGUGGUCUUGUCAUUGUAUCUGAUGCAUCCAUGGAAGAGAUCCGUGUAUUUGCUCACUGUGUUAUGAAAAGCAGCGAAGGAACUUCUACAAACAACUGAAAGAAGGACUAUCAGUUACAUGAUCUUGUUCUGCUCAAUGAUUCCAGCUUUGGCAUAAUCAUACGGGUGGAUGGAAAAGCUUAUCACGUGCUGAAAGGAACUCCAGAGCGAGCUGAGAUCGAAGUUCUAUUGUACCGAGAUAUCAAUUCCAAGAUUGAGAAGAUGGGAACUGCAGAAGACAAAUUUAGAAAUAGAAUCUCUGUUAAAGACAUUGCGAGGAUUGUUGAGGGGCCAUUUAAAGGAAAACAAGGACCCGUUGAACACAUUUAUAGGCAGACUGUGUUCAUCCAUGAUCGCAAAAUCAUUGAUCAGGGAGGCUUUUUUUGUUUUAAAGCAAAGUCUUGUACACUUUUGGGGGGUUUAUAUGCCAGAGGUGACAUAAGGGGUGGUGUCAUGGACCCACGAGUUUCAAGUUUAAGAUCACCUCCCUGCAUUCCCCAAUCCCCAGGGAGAACACUAAUUAGAAGAGACGAGAGAAGAUAUCAAAGUGGAAGAAGUGGCCAUGAUUCCAUUGUUGGUACUAUGGUGAAAAUUUGCAAGGGUCAUUACAAGGGAUCCCGUGGUCGUGUUGUAGCCAUUAAAGGUCAUUCAGUCCGAAUUGAACUGGAGUCUCAGAUGAGGAUUGUAACAGUGGGUCGUAGUGAAAUUUCUGAUAAAGUGAAUGUUACAACGCCAGACUGCGACGCACCCCUAUAUGGUCUUGGAACCGAGACUCCAAUGCAUGUGCAUUGCUCCAUGAGAGAACCAGGUACACCAUUUCAUGAUGGCAUGAGAACGCCAAUGCGCAACUGGGCUUGGCAUCCUUAUGCAUCAAUGAGUCCUGCAAGGGACAGUUUCAGUCCUGCUUCACAACUAGAAAGAGCAGCUAGUCCGGGGUCUGGCUGGGCUAGCAGAAACUGUAGAGCUCCUGGAACUCCAAGAGAAAGCAUGACUCAUGCUAAUAGUGCAAAUAUAAUCAGGAGCCCUCCACUCCUGGUUGCAUCUGGGAUGAAACUUAUUGCAGCAACAUGA